UGUGCGUGUGUGUUUCCCCUCAGAGCCAGGCAGCUGACAGCUGUGAUUCUGUCUCUCUCUGUCUCUCUCUCUCCCUGUCUUUGUCCCUCUUUCUCUCUUUGUCCAUCUUUCUCUCUUUGUCCAGCUGUUGCUCCUACGUGGGUCGUCGUGGUAAUGGUCCUCAGGCGAUAUCGAUAGGGAAGAACUGUGAUAAGUUUGGCAUCGUGGUUCAUGAGUUGGGUCACGUGAUCGGGUUCUGGCAUGAACACACCCGGCCCGACCGAGACGAUCACGUCACCAUCAUCAGAGACAACAUACAACCAGGUCAGGAGUAUAACUUCUUGAAGAUGGAACCAGGAGAGGUGAACUCGCUGGGAGAGCCUUACGACUUCGACAGCAUCAUGCAUUAUGCUAGGAACACCUUCUCACGAGGUAUGUUUCUAGACACCAUCCUCCCAUCUAGAGAUGAGAAUGGGAUCCGUCCUGCCAUUGGACAGAGGACCCGACUCAGUAAAGGAGACAUCUCUCAGGCCAGGAAGCUCUACAGAUGCCCCGCGUGCGGGGAGACCCUACAGGAGUCGACAGGUAACUUCUCGUCGCCCGGUUACCCCAACGGUUACCCCUCGUACACACACUGUGUCUGGAGGGUCUCUGUCACCCCGGGAGAGAAGAUUGUUCUAAACUUUACCACUAUGGACCUGUAUAAGAGCUCUCUCUGUUGGUAUGACUACAUAGAAGUUAGAGAUGGAUACUGGAGGAAGGCCCCACUGCUAGGUAGGUUCUGUGGGGAUCAGGUUCCUGAGGGUCUGGUGUCGUCAGAGAGUCGGAUGUGGAUUGAGUUCCGAAGCAGCAGUAACUGGGUGGGAAAGGGAUUUACAGCUGUUUAUGAAG